CAGACGGUUGAGAUUGAAAGGUGAGGAGAAAAGAAGAAAACAAGGGUUGAUCCCAGUGUGAAGGUCUUCAAAUUCUUCACGUUCUUCCCUUUCCUUGCAUUUCUGAGACGAGGGUUAUCCAUCUCUAGUGUCGGUGAACUUCCACUAGUUUUCAUUGUUAAAAAGGCUAGCGAGGACUUCAUAUUCCCUUUGUUUUUUGAAAGGGAAAAAAGUUUUGCACCUCAAUUAGGAGGGCAAUAGGUAUAAAAUUCAUAAAUACAGUUCCAAGGAGGGCUCAGGCUAAUAAAACAGUAUCAGUAUUAGUGAAGCUUGGGAUCAGAGCAAAGAGAAGGGUGGAAGUGUUGGCAAGUUAGCAAGGACCAUGGGCAGGCGACCUCAUGUGCUGAUUAUACCACUCCCAGCGCAAGGACAUGUUGCUCCUCUUAUGAGGCUUGCACACCGGAUUUCUGAUCACGGGAUCAAGGUCACCUUUGUUAACUCUGACUUCAUACAUGCUAAACUGCUGGCUGCACUCCCACAUGAGGCUGAGGCUCAGAGUGGGAUAGGGCUAGCCUCUAUCCCAGAUGGUCUGGAUCCAGGGGACGAUCGGAAAAACUUGCUCAAGAUAACAGAAAGUAGUUCAAGAGUCAUGCCGGGUCAUUUGAAGGAUUUAAUUGAGAAAGUCAACCGCUCGAAUGAUGAUGAGCAGAUCACUUGUGUUAUUGCUGACAUAACACUUGAGCGGUGGCCAAUGGAGGUGGCAGAGAAGAUGGGAAUCGAAGGGGUCCUUUUUUGUCCUAUGGGAGCAGGAAUCUGGGCUUUGGCACUUCAUAUUCCAAAGCUAAUUGAGGCCGGAAUCGUAAAUAGUACUGAUGGAACUCCUCUGAAAGAUGAGUUGAUCUGCGUGUCGAAGGGUAUUCCAGUCUUGAGCAGCAACGGCUUGCCCUGGAAGUGGCCAAUUGAUCUGAAGGUACAAGAGUGGGUUUUCCGAAUUUAUCUCACAUCUAUUCAAUUUAUGAAUUCUUCCAAGAGGCUUCUUUGCAACUGUGUUUACGAACUUGACUCAUCUGCUUGUGACUUGAUUCCUAACUUAUUACCAAUUGGCCCGUUACCUGCAAGUCGUGAUCCGGGUCAUUAUGCUGCAAACUUUUGGCCUGAGGAUUCAACUUGCAUAGGCUGGCUCGAUAAACAACCUGCUGGCUCAGUCAUUUAUGUUGCUUUUGGCAGCACCGGAAACUUAACCCAGCACCAAUUCAAUGAAUUAGCACUUGGUAUUGAACUUGUAGGCCGGCCAUUUUUAUGGGUUGUCCGAUCAGACUUCACCGAUGGGUCAGCUGCUGAAUACCCUGAUGGUUUCAUUGAGAGAGUAGCUGACCAUGGAAAGAUUGUUUCGUGGGCACCCCAAGAAGAGGUUUUAGCUCACCCUUCUGUUGCAUGUUUCUUUUCCCAUUGUGGUUGGAACUCAACCAUGGACAGCAUAAUCAUGGGAGUCCCCUUCCUAUGCUGGCCCUACGUUGGAGAUCAAUUCCUUGAUCAGAAUUACAUAUGCGACAAAUGGAGGGUGGGCUUGGGGUUGAACCCAGAUGAAAAUGGACUCAUAUCGAGACAUGAGAUUAAGAUGAAGAUUGAAAAGUUGGUCUCUGAUGAUGGUAUAAAAGCAAAUGCAGAGAAGUUGAAGGAAAUGACUAGAAAGAGUGUAAGCGAAGGCGGAUCUUCUUACAAGAAUUUCAAAACCUUUAUUGAAGCAAUGAAACAAUGAAGAUGCUUCCCAAUGUUGCCACAUUCAAGUGUGUGAAACCAUUCUCUCAAUAAAAGCAAAUGCAUUCAUGUUGUGUAUGCAUGUGCAGGGGUUGGUAUGUGAUCUUAGUGAACAAAAAUCAUGGCAAUUGCUGCAUGAAAUUUGUGUGGUAGAGUUAAUUAAUGAUAGAUUGAUGUAAUGCAUUAGUAGUGGAGCAAAGAAUUAUGUAUGAUUUUUGAGUUUUCUCUGAUUGGGGGAUCAAGAACUAUACUGUUGUCUACAUGGCAACAUAUA